AUGUUAGCUGUAUUUAGUAAAGAAGCUUCAUCAUCAGUAAACACAGCCAGUGACUUUCCCGAUGCCCUGGUGAAAAGUGAUCUAAAAUUAUCAGAAACUCCUGUGGUUAAGUCCUCAACGUCCAGCCAACCGACUUUCCAUACUGCAUCAGUUUAUUCAGGGGUCACUACAAGUGCUUGCAACAGCUUUCCAGUCACUCAGCAAGUUGCAGACACUACAUGUGAAAGUCCAGCUUCAACUUCAGACUUGUAUGUGACUGGGACACUUGUGCCAUCUAGCGAUCAUCCAGUGGAAGUUGACAGUAGCAUCAAGAGACAAAAAACCAUAAACAACAUCACAGCUUUUUCUCAAAGUCAUCAGCUUCCAGAUAGUCCACCAGAUUCUGGAUCAGAACCACCUUUUUCUCCACCAAAUGAGGACCCAAAGCUUAGUGUAAGCAGCAGAAGAACUGUACAGAACGAGAUGAUGCAAUCACAGCAAGAGAGUUUAAAACAUUUCAUAAACUACAGUAAUACUCAGCCCCUCAAACACCUGCCUCCAGAAAAUAGCCUAACCAUAACCCCUCCUCACCAACAUUCAGUGAGCCCAACAUAUGUUCAAGCUAACUGUAAGCCACAGCAGGUCAACCAUGCACCACUACCAGCACACACAGGAAACCACUUAGGUCAUCUUCCUGUUCACACCAGUACUCAGUCACUGCUCAGCCAACUGCCACAGCCCAUAACAAACCCUAUUACAGCAGGACUGCAGCAACAGCAACCCCCUUGUUCCCUUAUCCCCUCUGUUAACCACUUAGCAACUUUGUACAAUAGUGAAGACUUUCUGCCUGAAAACCUUGGUAGUCCCAGCCCCAACUUGUCUCGAAAGCGAAAAUUGUCAGACUCUUCAAAGCAUUCCAUCACUGGCAGCCUACUUAAUGGACUAGUCAGCAUCAAACAGGAACCAAGUGGAUUGUCACCAGAUCGUCAGGGUGAAACUCCUCUACCAGGCACUGAUGAUGAGUAUAGUUUUGACUUCAGCAGUCCAGACAACAGUGCAGUAUUUCUAGAUGCUGUAUAUCAGUGUAUUCGUUUCCAGCCGUUUCAACAGACCACAUGGCACAUUCUUUGUGAUGCUACCCUUAAAGAACUGCCUCCUCCAAACUAUAGGGUGGAUGCCGACAAAGGGUUUAAUUUUAGUAAUGCUGAUGAUGCCUUUGUGUGUCAGAAGAAAAACCAUUUCCAGGUCACAGUACAUGUACAAUCAGUUGGAAAUCCACAGUUUGUGAAGACUGCAGAAGGCUUGAAGAAGAUUGAAAACUUCUUUCUUCACUUUCAGGGAGUAAAGGUCGAGUCUCCAACUCAGAUAAUCAAAAUUGAACAGUCCCAGUCAGACCGUAGCAAAAGACCAUUCCAUCCUGUCCUUAUUGACAUUUCUCCUGAGCAAGUCACUAAGACCACCAUUGGAAGACUCCACUUCAGUGAAACUACAACCAAUAACAUGAGGAAAAAGGGAAAGCCAAAUCCUGACCAACGAUAUUUUUACUUGGUCGUCAGUCUCUGUGCUCACAGUGGAGAACAAGCUUACCCUGUAGUAGCCCAUGCUUCUGAAAGAAUCAUUGUGCGAGCGUCCAAUCCUGGUCAGUUUGAGAAUGAUAUGGAAUUGUCAUGGCAGAAAGGGCACAACCCUGAUACAGUGUAUCAUGUUGGACGAGUAGGAAUCAAUACAGAUAGACCUGAUGAAUCUCUGGUUGUUCAUGGUAAUGUCAAGAUUACUGGUCACAUUGUACAACCCUCUGAUGCUAGGGUAAAAAGUGAAACCAUAGAGGUUGACACCAGGGAACAGCUGAAGAAUGUAGCUAACAUGAGGAUUGUGAAGUAUCAAUACCUUCCUGAGUUUGCUCAACAAGUUGGAAUGUCAGAAGAUCAACUGUCAGACAUGGGUGUUGUAGCCCAGGAGGUACGGACCAUCCUUCCUGAUGCUGUAAGGGAAGCAGGGGAUAUUGUACUUCCUAGCGGUCAAAGGAUUGAGAACUUCUUGGUUGUUAAUAAGGAACGUAUCUUCAUGGAAAACGUUGGAGCUGUCAAGGAGUUGUGUAAGGUUACAGACAACUUAGAAACUCGGAUAGAUGAGUUAGAACGUAUAAACCAUAAGUUAAGCAAACUGAAACGACUGGACAGUCUGAAGUCUUCCUCAAGUGGAAGUACCAUUACCAGUCGAUGCAGCAGCAUAAGGAAUUCAAGAAAAUCUAUUAGACCUCGAUGCCAUAGACACAAAGAGAAGGAGAAAGGAGUGUGUACCAGCCAGUUUGUCCAAGGCACUGUUAUCACUUUAGUGCUGAUCAUGGCCUUCUGUCUUGUUGCCAUGGGAACCCUGUAUAUCCUUGACUGGCAUAAGAAAUACACAUCUUCCGAAACAGAAGUGGAAAUAUCAGCCUAUACACAUGGUACUCUGUUAAAAAAACAGAGCUUAUUUUCCAAAAUGCCUUAUACUAGCAGUAUUGAACCAACUUCAGAAAAAACACCUAUAUCUCAAGAACCCCAGAGGAAAAGUACUUCAUUUCUAGCUUCUCAGCAUACCAGCCAUGAGCCUAUUGGGGUACCACUUGAAUGCUCAAAGCUUAAUGCUUCAGAUAUUCCCUGUCCAAUGUUUUGUUGUGUUUCUGGGUCUGAACCAGAAGAGAAUUUCCUGAGAAUAAGAAAUAGAGACAAAGGUUUCAACCGUACCAAAAGUCACAGCCGAAAUGGUGAAGCUCGAUCUAUGAAUCUGAGCAUGGUUACGUCUUCAGAAGGUCCUGGUCUGGAUAUGACUACCCUUGGUACUGCCAUUCCUCCUCAGAACCAGGAGAAUGAAGGAAGGGCAUCCAACUCUUAUUACCAAUCCACAAAAGAACACAGCAUGAGUUCUUCUAGGUUUCCACAAGAUGGUGUAGUGAGCAAUGAGUUGUCUAGAGGCCCAGCUGACCAAACAAAUAACAAUAGCACCUCUGUAGUUUCUGCCAAGACUUUAGCAAAUGAGAGCUAUCCUGAAGAAAACUCGAGUCUCAACAAAAAAUUACCAACAAUUAGUCCAUUAAUAUGGAAGAGGAAUGCCAAACAAGAAGCAACUUUGGAUGUUGCAAGUCUCUUGAGACGACAUAGAGAUGUUGAAUCUGGGGGAAGCAACAUAAAAUCUUUCUCCCGAAAAGCAAAUGCACCAGAGCUACAACAUCCACUUGAGUCCAUCAAACUUUUGGAACUGGACACCAUUAUUGGGAGGGAAUACUGUGUAAAUCACUGUGCUCAAGGACCAUGGUUUUAUUAUAUCAUUCCCAUCUCUAAAUACAUGGCUUUGGACUAUAUAAAUGUCCAGUUCAAUUUGACACAGGCACUUCAGAUGAAAUUAUGUGAUACAGAGGAAAAGCCAUUUGACUGUCCUCUCAGUGGUCAGAGAACCGAAGAAGGACAAAAUCAGUCACUUAACAGAUUACAUGAUGCUCUGGAGGAAAACCCUUCAUGGCAACUUCCUGUUGGACUUCAUCUUAGAAGCUCAUACAGAUUUCGAAUAUUUGUGAAGGGAGUUGCCAGGGCCUGUUCUAUUCCUGUGCAAGAAGCUGGUCACCAGUUUGUGGAGUAUAAGCUUAUGUUUCAUAGAGAUUGCAACAAGUGAGGCAACAGUGGUGUUUGAGGACAGAAACUAGUGCAAUUAAAAAUAAAGCUGAAAAGACUAUUGAACACUGUGAAUAUAAACUGAAACUUAUGAAAAUUCUGGCUAUGGACUUUGUUGAAAUCCGUUUCUGCAUGAAUUGACUUUGUAGAGAUGUCAUACUACAAUAAUAUUAAGUAGCAAGUUGAUCAUCCUAUAUGUGUUUGUUUGAUAUUUUCUGAUAUUAUAUUUUUUCAUCUGCCAUCAUAUCUCACUCCUUCAUGGCCAAAUUUUCCAACAAUGAAGAUAAAUAGGAAGAAAAGAAUUUGUUUGCUGACAGCUUGGUAUUUCUGCAUCAAUAGCUAAAUACACUCAGUGAUAAUUCCUCUUCAUUCCAGCAAGAGGGUCUGUUUUUUCCGAAUCUGGUGGUCUACAAUACCUCAUGUGCUGUUGUGCCUUUACAAUGCUAUCACACACCUACUUGAUGGUAGGAUCUAGAUCCUUGGUAUGCAUUGGAAGCUCUAAUUUUGACAAAAUUCAUAGACUAUUGAUCUGAAUGCAUAUUCAUAUGGACUUAAUUCAAUUGUAUACAAUUCAGAUAUGAUAAAGUCCCCCAAUUCACUUUUAGAAGUUUAAUUUUUGGGAACUUUACCAUUCAUAACAUCCAUGGAGGAGUAUUUUUAUUUUGAGGACCAUCAUAACUUAUCCAUAUUUCAGUGAUAAAAACAGUAGACAAGUUUUCAUCGACCAGUAUUGUUGAUGGUUGCUGCACCACAGUCUACCACGUUACAGAAAAUCAUCAGUAUGGUUAUGCUGAUACAGCUGCAACAUGGUAUGUACUAAUGCAAAAACAAUGGAAAAUAUAAAACACAUAUCAACCAAUGAAGUAACACCCUGACAGGCACCUUUAUAUUUUAUUUAAACUAUUCCAAUGAAGAUUAUCAUCAACCAAAUACUUUAAAGAUGUCCUUACAGAUUAUCUGUUAUCCUAUAACCUGGACAGUCAGUAUUUUGUCUCUUUUUAUAACUACAAUAAUGGAAUUUGAAUCUUUCAGAAAUCUUUUGCCUUGAGCUAAAGUUUAGUAGGAAAUGUAAGAAUACUUUAUGAUGUACUUUAUUGCAUGAGAAAUCUAUUCUGUAAAAACAUAGUUUAUGUUGCAGUUUAUGUAAAAUACUGAACAUUGAGUAGUGGUAUCUUAUACCAGUAGUUAUAAACAUUCAACUAAUCUUAAAGAAAUUGAUUAAUCGUAUUGCUAAGGUUGGAAAAUUUCUUUUUUAGGUGAAUUAAGGGUUGGUUUUGUGAACAAAAUAUCUAUUGUAGAGCAACUUGAUCAAUUUGAAAAAACAACCAAUGUUAUUUACUUAAAAUUCCAGUACUGAACAAGAAACAGCAAUGAUGAGAUUUUAUUAUCUUAAUUUCUUGAAUUCUAACUGUUUGGCUUCAAGUAUAUGAUAUUAUAGUAGAAAAGCAGUAUGAAGAUGUGUUUAGUGACCUUUGAUUUUUGUUUUGUUUUUAUGUUAAAUGUGGAUGAGGAGUCAAUAAAAUCAUGGGAUUUUGUAAAUUGAAAAGGCUUGAGAUUAAAAGCCUAUAAAAAUCACAUGACCAAACUUUAGGUUGAUUUUCUCUCAUAUAUCAUGUUAUAGCAACCGCUGGUAAUUACUUAAAAGUUAACAAAUCAAAUAGGCAUCACAUAAUUUCUACCAAGCUGUAUAGAAAAUUCUUAGUAGUAGUUUAAGAAAUAUAAAAUUCUGAAUCUUCAGUGUACAAUUUGGGUUAUGCAGUUCUAUCUGUAAACAAAUGACAAUGAAUAAGUUUCAAAAACAAAACAUUGUAAAAUACAACAUAACAAGUGGAAGAUAU